GAUACUUGGAGAUGAUCAUCCAGGCCUGCUUGGAUUGCCUCUCACUUCAGGACAACUGUGACAAGGAGCUACUCAACAGGAAAGACCUUUGCUAUGACUUCCUGGCUGCCGUAGCUCCCGAGGACAUCCGGGUCUGCCAAAUUCGGGCAAUGCGUCUUUUUCAGAGACACAUGUACAAGGAAUGUGUAUCUGUCUGCAGCAGGGCCUUAGAAGUCUUCCUAUCCAGUGAUUCACCAGGGGACGAAGAGACCACAAGUAUUCUUGUGCACCGAGCUGCAGCUUUAUUCACUAUCAGUGGCCACGUACCAGAGAUGCUGAGGGACCUGACAGCUGCCUUUGAGGCUAGCCCCAGGCUGGCCAGGAACCACUUUGAAGCCCUCUUCUCUCCUGGGGAGGCUGAGAGAGUCGAGAAGCACGCCUGGACAGCCCUGGAGGGCGAGUUUGCAGCUUACAAAGAAGCCGUACGUGUGAGGGCCGAAGUCCGGAGCAAUGGUGGACAGGAGUUGCUUCCUCCGGUGCUCCGCACGCUUCGUUUCCUCGUCCAGGUCUCCCCGGGAGCUCUACGGGAACUAAAUGUCCGCCUGGCAGAUUGCUACCUCUUAGAAGGCAACAUCACAGCCUCCUUAGAAGUUUGCAACUGCCUUCUGGCUUCUGCCGAAACCACGUAUCGUAACACCCUUCUUGCCCAGCGAGGAUUUUGCCACCUCCAUGCCAACUGCUGCCCAGAGGCCCUCCGAGAUUUCCAAGCGAUCAUCGAAGACGGCACUCCACAUCCUAGCAGUUGCGUGAAGGCCCUGUGCGGGCGUGGCCUGAUCCGAGCCUUGGGGGGAGAUCCGUACCUAGCGGCCUUGGAUUACCUGACUGCCUGCAGACUCAGGUUCGAAGAAACCGGCUUCGUGAUCAAGGCCUACCUCCCUUGGAAUCAAAGAGGGUUGCUCUUGGUCAUCCUGCAAGAGCAAGUCCAGAAGAUGUUGGAGAGAAAGGAGAAACCCGGUUGUGGUUCAGGUGCCCAACUGGAGAAACCAGGAUGGCCAGAUGGCCUCCAGAAGGAAGGGGAUGACUUUGGGAUCCACCAGCUGGCUUCUCUGCUCUUGGAACUGGACAGUUCGGAUAGGGUGUCUCGGUUGCUGUGCGCCGACGCUUUGUACCAAAUGGAUCGCCUUGAAGAAGCCCACGAGAGCCUCUGGGUGGCUCUUUCAAAGAGCUCUGAGAAGUCCCCUGUUUGGGCCAGGCUGGCUCUCCUGCAGCUGAAGAAAGGCUGUGUGUACGAUUGCAAUCAGUACCUGAAGAAAAUGAUUCAGGCCGGCGAGUUGUCCUGCCUCCAGGGGUUCGUGAAGGUUUUAAAAGAAGAGGAUCGAGUCCUGCUGAAAAACCACUGUCACACCAGGGCUGUGACAGUCCUGAAAAACAAGCAAGGGGAGGCUUAUCUGAAGGAAGCCAUUGCCUACCUCUCCUUGGCCAUCACCACGGCAGGGGAUAAUGCUGUGGAUUCCCUUCUGGUGCGCGCUCGUUGUUACGGGCUCCAGGGACAGAAAAAAACAGCGAUAUUUGAUUUCAAGGCCAUCUUAAAAGAAGAUCCGAGAAACACCCAGGCUCUUUGUGGAAAAGGGUUCGUUCACCUGGCCCUGGGCCAGAAGAAGGAGUCAACGCAAGAUCUGAUCGCAGCUCUCCAAGGGGAUCCAGCCUCAGCCAUAGCAGAAAUCUGCUCUCUAAAGCCAGAUGCUCAAGUCCAGAUUCGCUCUUGGCUGCUGGAACACUGCAGGACUGCGUUGAUGGACUUUGGCAGGAGCCAAGACCCACUUGUUGUAGAGACGCUGGAGGAGCUCUCCAAAGUGGGGGAAUCACUGGUGGAGAUGGACAACAAGGACAGUGAAGCUCACAUCCUCUGUGUUGACUUUCUAAUUGCAAGGGGUAGGAGAGAUCUGGGAAGACCCAAGGAUGCCCUGUCAUAUCUCCAGAGGACAUUUGGACAAACUGAACCAAAUGAUGCUGUCAACUCUCGGCUGGGAAUUCUGCAAGCUAUCUUGGGCAACUUAAAUGCAGUCCAUGUUUUGGCCACUUUAGCAGCAAAGGACUACAAAGAAUUAGAGCACCUGAUGGGGUUUUUAGAUGCCAACCAGCGGCUAAACCUUGCUCAGGUCGCAGCCAGAGAAGCAAAGGCAAUGGUGAAAGAGCAGUGCCAUGUAGGAGCUCUGAAAUAUCUCACCUUGGCUGUUGUGGCAAGCAAAAGUAACCCUCAGUAUCUUCGCCAGCGUGCUGCCUGCUGGGCCCAGCUAGAAGACUACAGGAACGCUCUGGAAGAUAUCCAGAAGGUAGUCCAACAACAUGGCACAAAUAGCAUGAAAACUCAAGUUGGGGACUUCUGUUCCUGGGCGUACAUGCUGUUGUCCAUUUCGGACGAGGAGCUGGCUGUAAAGCAAUAUAUUAAUGCCCUACAGCUUGAAAAGUCCUUGGCCCUGAGCCACAUCCUGACUGAUCUCAGGAGGGAUGAGCUGUCCAAAGCGUUCCUCCGAACCGCCCAAUCUUAUUUUGCAGCAGACCGUUACGAAGAAGCGUGGACAACAGCAAAAUUUGGCCUCCUUGUCGAUCAGAACAAUCCUGAACUUAAAAAACUAAAAGCGAGAAUUAAACGGCAGGCGUCUGGUUGCAAAGUUCAGUAAUGUAUUGGUUGCUGGUUUUGCACAAUCGCAUCACCCUUUGCCUGUUCUCCUUUCUUCCCCUCCUUUAUGCUUGUAAAAACCUUCUGAUAAUUCUGGGCAAGGCUGUCUGUGAAACUGAAGGGGGAUCAUUUUAUGGUGUAACCAAGUGAGGCUGCUACACUGUUGGAAUAAGAAUUUGGUUUAUUAAUUGGUAGGGUGGGUCAGAAUGGCUUAAAGCCUUCUUCAGCUUUUCUCCAACAUGUAGGCAGUUCUGGUUUCCACUCCAAAAUCAAGGAAAGCUGGGGUAUCUAUUUCAUGCUUGGGGAUCAGAGACAUGCAGAGGGCCCAGUCAUGAAUGAGAACGUCAACAUACGUUCCACCCCUUUUUAAUGCAUGUACAAUAUCAUAAAGGCCUACCAUUUCUCUGUUCCACUCAAGAUGCUGGUUGUUAAAGUUGCUGAGUCUUAACAACUAAUACACCAGACCUAUUACUGUAAUUCUCUCUUCUGUAACUUUGGCCAGGAAUCACAAGCUUGCACUGAAAUAUGGUUAUUGGAAAUCAGUUUUCCUUUUUUUUUUUGAGGGCCAGUCACUUUCUCUCAGCCCUAGGAAGGAGGCA